UCCUUAAAUUUUCAACUGUCUCUGGAAAUGCAUUAAUGGCGGUGCCAUCUGAUUGUUAAAGUUUUGCACAACUGUAGAGAAGGUGUAUUAUUAACCUUUUCAAUUUAUAUCUUCUCUCUCUCAUCUAUAAAUCCAUCUUUCUCCUUAUACUUCUUCAUCUCUCUCUCUCCCUCUUUCUGUCCUCUCUCAAUCAAACUUCAUAUUCUUGAUGCAAAACAGUAACAAAGGGCUCUUUUCUUUUCCAGACAAAAGUUUCCAUUACAGCAUCUUACUAGGUAACACAAUGGAUGUAUCACUGGCAUUGCUCUUGUUCACCGCUGUAACCUGUUAUCUACUCUGGUUCACCUUCAUCUCCAAGUCACUCAGGGGUCCACGUGUAUGGCCCUUAUUGGGCAGCCUCCCCGGCCUUAUCGAGAACUCCGACCGCCUCCACGAGUGGAUCUCCGACAACCUCCGCGCCUGCGGCGGCACUUACCAGACAUGCAUCUGUGCAGUCCCAUUCUUGGCCAGAAAGCAAGGCCUCGUGACAGUUACGUGCGACCCCAAAAACCUUGAGCACAUUCUCAAAACCCGGUUCGACAACUACCCGAAGGGCCCCACAUGGCAAGCCGUCUUCCACGACCUUCUCGGACAGGGUAUCUUUAACUCAGACGGCGACACCUGGCUCUUCCAGAGGAAGACUGCUGCACUCGAGUUCACCACCCGGACCCUCCGCCAAGCCAUGGCUCGGUGGGUCAAUCGAGCCAUCAAGAACCGGUUCUGCCCCAUUCUCGAGUCGGCUCGGGUGAAAGCCGAGCCGGUCGAUCUGCAGGACCUUCUGCUUCGGCUCACUUUCGAUAACAUAUGUGGCUUGGCUUUUGGAAAAGACCCUCAAACCCUAGCUCCCGGCCUGCCGGAGAAUGGAUUCGCCUCGGCUUUCGACCGAGCCACUGAAGCUUCGUUACAGAGGUUUAUAUUUCCGGAGGUGAUUUGGAAGCUGAAGAAAUGGCUCCGGCUCGGAAUGGAGGCUGGCUUGAACCGGAGCCUUGUCCAGGUGGACGAGUAUUUAUCCGGUGUGAUCAAUACUCGUAAGCUCGAGUUGACAUCUCAGCACAAAGACGCAAACCCACACGACGAUUUGCUGUCACGAUUCAUGAAGAAGAAAGAAUCCUACUCGGAUAAAUUCUUGCAGGAGGUGGCGCUUAACUUCAUCCUAGCUGGACGCGACACGUCAUCAGUAGCGCUGAGCUGGUUCUUCUGGCUGGUGAUGCAGAAUCCGAGGGUGGAGAAUAAAAUCCUGAACGAGAUAUCGAAGGUCUUGAUCGAGACACGUGGCGAAGAUACUGCCACGUGGACUGAGGAGCCGUUGGAGUUCGAGGAAGUCGACCGCUUGGUGUAUUUAAAAGCUGCUUUGUCGGAGACUUUGAGAUUGUACCCUUCGGUGCCGGAGGAUUCGAAGCAUGUGAUUGCCGACGACAUUUUGCCGGACGGAACUUUUGUUCCGGCGGGUUCGUCUGUGACGUAUUCGAUUUAUUCGGCUGGGAGGAUGAAGUCCACUUGGGGGGAGGAUGCUCUAGAGUUUAGGCCGGAGAGGUGGUUGUCGGAGGGCGGCGAUCGGUUUUCGAUGCAUGAUUCGUAUAAGUUUGUGGCAUUCAAUGCGGGGCCUAGGAUAUGCUUAGGGAAGGAUCUGGCGUAUCUGCAGAUGAAGUCGGUGGCGGCGGCGGUUUUGCUCCGGCACCGGUUAACGGUAGUGCCGGGGCAUAAGGUGGAGCAGAAGAUGUCGUUGACUUUGUUCAUGAAGUACGGGUUGAAAGUCAAUGUUCACCGGAGAGAUCUUGGAUUGGUGGCGGCGAGUGUGGCUAAGGAGAGAUGUUUGGGUACGUUGAGUAAUGGUAAGUGCGGUGGGUUUAGUGAAACUAGCGGCAGAGUUGGCGGUGGAGUAGGGGUGGAGGUGGUGGUUGGAGUGGUUUAAAGUGGUGGUUGGGAGUGUGGUUUAAAGAUGGUUUGGGUAUAAAUGGGUUUAUUAUUAUUAUUAUUAUUAAUACAGGGUGGGGCCCAUUUAACUAUACUGAGUUUUUUAAGCCAACUCAGUGGGUGGCUGCUGUUUAUUACUGACAUAAAUUUUGUGGGGUGGAAAUUCACAUGGUGGCCUUUGAAUGCGCAUUUGUAGAGAUGAGUGUGUGUACUUUCUUCAUUACUGAAGGUACAACCAUUUGUUGCAGGAAGAUCAUAGCUGAUGAGGAAAAGAGUACAUGCCAAAUUGCCAAUCUCUCUCUCUUUUUUUUUUUUUUUUUUUUUUUUUUUUGGUUCUUGUGUUUGUUAAAAGACUAUAGUUUGGGUUUUGUUAUUGUAUUGAUUCUUUGUAUUUUCUUGUUCCAAUUUUAAUUUAUUUGGCUACUAUGGUAUAUAGUUUGUUUGGAGUGGCAAUUCAAACGGAAUUUCUUAAUUCGUCGAAUUGAUUGCGAUUCGGAAAAUUCUAAUUUAUGAAACGAUGUUUUUUCAUUUU